AAUCCCUCAGAAGUGUCAGAUGAGGAAUUGAACGAUGACCUUCUACAAAGUGAUGAAGAAGAUCAAAACAUGUAAGUUCAUUGUAUCCACGUUGUCUGAUCAUGCUAAUAGCAUUUCCAUACUUAGUCCUUUAGACAUGAUGUGGCAAUUUUUGAGCUACAGUGUCCUUUGUUUAUAAUUGUAUGUUUUUGCCUUUCAGCGGCCAGGGUGUUAGCCUCAAUGCUACUCUAUGCGAAUUUGACCAGCAGGUGAACCCCAUAGACUACCCAGAACACCUAGGAGAUGUAGAGGGGGGCUACCAGCAGGAGGGGGGAGAGUACGUGGACGAGUACAGCCAGCCCAAUGACAUGGAGAUGCCAGACGGCCAAAUGGAAUACUCAGGAGAACAGGCUGGGGGCGACGGAGUGUUAGACAUUCAAAUCAAUGAGCCUCUAGACGAUGAAUUUCAAGUGAGUCCUCGUCUCCCCUCUUUCUGUUUUACUCCAUUGUAUCUUGAAACGAUAACGUUUCUUCCUCUGUCUUGGGUUUCAGGGGGCACGUAUCAAUAUAUUCAGUGGAUGCUAAAGGGGAUGUGCUUUGGAUAGGGGUUGAAGGUGGGGGUGGGAUUCAUUAUCACUCUCCGCCAGUUGAUUUCUCCUUUCACUGACAUCUUGUUUGGCAGUAAGUAGGUAAUGCUCUGGUGUCUGUCGGCUGUGAUGCUUGGUGCCGUUGGGCCCUGUAUCUUUGUCUGGCUAAAUAGCCACUUUGUGCGAGGAAGACGCACUGCCAAUCGGCAGUGGUUAACGCGGGGGGCUUUUAUAUCGGGCACUCGACUCAAUCUGAUAAAAUCUCACAUUGGUGGAAAGAUUAUUGACCUUCCUAUGGACACCCCAUACAGUCCUGAAAUGAUUGAUGCAAUUUCCUCCUUUAUUUCUUUCCCAGACCUCGUAGCCAAGAGUGAAGAGGGGAAAAGAUAAGACUAGAUCCAUGUGACGUCUGUAAUAGUCCUAUUUACUAAGGUGUGAUGGCUGACAAGACAUCACUUUUUUUACACACUAAAGAUAAAGCCUUUGAUAUUCUAAGUAGGGUUGGACAGUUCUACUUCAUACUUACUUAGAAAAACCCCAGUGAGUACGUAGAGCACUAUUGUUUGUAAUAACUAUGUUUACAAAGUCACUCGACUGCCUGGGCUUAACACUUCUGUUUGCGGUGGUAUUCAGAGGUAACAUGUGGAACAGUUUAAAGGAUUAAGCCCUUUCUGUUCCCUCUGGGUAGUCUGUCUAUCCUUCUGCUGCAAUGGGUAUUUGUCUGCAAUAUUAUGUUUUGGGUUGGCAGGUUAAUGGUGCAGAACACCAAACACUGUCCUGUGACCUGUCUUUUGACAGUCAUGAAUCACCUAGUGGGUUCUCACUGAAAGUGUGCUUUGAAAUGAGCGCAAUUACGCGAGUUGUGACCACAUGGUAUAUCAAGUACACGUUGGAUAGCCAACAUUUGUUAUUACCGGAAUUAUUGUAUAACUGGAAUCCCGGAUUUCGGCACCAUGAAACUGUAGUCAGCUUCCUGUGUGUGUGAUGUUCCUCCUGGCAUUGAGUCGUGAACUUCUAGAGUGGGACAAUAAAGCAGUAGCUAGCACAAUUAUAUUUUCACCGUCACUGAUCCAGAGGUUGUUUUUAUCUCCCCCCACAUUUCUGUAUAUCAUGUCAAACAUUUACAUCUCAUAGAAUUUCAAAUGCUGUCAGGAAUUGGUAAUGAAGCCUGCUCCCACUGUUAUGGUAAUUCAAGAGGCUCCCCCUUUCUAACCCCCCCCCCCCCCCCCCCCCCCCCCCCCAUAACAUUUCAAUGUUUUCUCCUUGAUGCUCGCUGUUAAUAUUUUCAUUAAAAGGAAACACGCCAGUAUUUUUGGCUCAACCAUUAUUCCUUUCACAUCAUUUCCAUGGGGAUAAAGUUAGGCUAAACCCACACAAGCUGUAAUCUCAGGCCAGUGUUAAUAUCCUGCUAACAUUGACAGUAAAUAUGGGCCAUAAUAGGAUGGUAGAAUGUACAAUACAUCUAUGACACUUAGCCUAUUUUGAAUAUUGACUCUGGAUCUCUCCACUUGUUGUUGUAGGUGGAUGAUUACUCACCAAGCUAUGGAGGUGGAGAGGAGCAGGCAGAGCAACAGGAAGCCCCAGAGGGAGAGGAGGAGGAAGUCUCUCAGCUCGCAGACACAGAGGUAUGAACAGAACGGGUCUCCCUCACUCACUGGUUGCAUCCUAAAUGGCACCCUAUUCCCUAUAUAUUGCCUAUACAGGACUUAACAUUUUUAGCCAGUUGUCCUUUGGACAAGUAGGACUUUAAUAAUAAUUUUAUAAUAACUUGUCCCCCCCCAAAAAAAAAAGGUCUGUAACACCAUUUUUACAUCAUUGUAUGAUGCAAGAUAAAAGGCUACACUCUGCCUAUUGGCUUCUUAUAUUCAAGCUUGUCUCAAGAUACAACACUGCCCCUUUAAGGCUCUCUUGGAGGAUAGUUUGCCACCCUUGGUAGCCUAUAAAAUAUUGCAACAUUAUAAUUACAACCCCAAAAAAAUAUGUCUACGGUUCAAAACAGACACUGGGACGACAGAUCCACACAAUACCCCCUAAUGACAAAGUGGAAACAUUUUUGUAUGAUUUACAUAAGUAUUCACACAAGUCUCUAAGAGCUUUGCACACCUGGAUUGUACAAUAUUUGCCCAUUUAUUAUUUUCAAAAUUCUUCACGAUCUGUCAAAUUGGUUGUUGAUCGUUGUUAGACAACCAUUUUCAAGCCUUGUCAUAGAUUUUCAAGCAGAUUUAGGUCCAAACUGUAACUCGGCCAAAUUCACUGUCUUCUUGGUAAGCAACUGCUGUGUAGAUUUCGCCUUGUGUUUUAGGUUAUAGUCCUGCUGAAAGGUGAAUUCAUCUCCCAGUGUCUGGUGGAAAGCAGAUUGAACCAAGUUUUUCCUUUAGGAUUUUGCCUGUGCUUAGCUCCAUUACAUUUAUUUUGUUAUCCUGAAAAACUCCCCAGUCCUUAACAAUUACAAGCAUACCCAUAACAAGUCCCGUGUAGCUCAGUUGGUAGAGCAUGGCAUUUGCAACGCCAGGGUUGUGGGUUCGUUUCCCACAGGGGACCAGUAUGAAAAAAAAAAAAUAUUAUGCACUCACAAUAUUAUGCAAGUCGCUCUGGAUAAGAGCGUCUGCUAAAUGACUACAAUUUUAAUGUAAUGAUGCAGCCACCACUAUGCUUGAAAAUAUGGAGAGUGGUACUCAGUAAUAUGUUUGGGGCAAAUCCAAUAAAACACAACACUUUGUAUUCAGGACAAAAAGUUAAUUGCUUUGCCACAUUUGUAGCAGUAUCACUUUUGUGCCUUGUUGCAAAGAGGAUGCAUAUUUUCGAUUUUUUUUUAUUCAGUAUAGGCUUCCUCCUUUUCACUCUGUAUGUUAGUAUUGUGGAGUAACUACAAUGUUGUUGAUCCAUCCUCAGUUUUCUCCUAUCACAGCCAUUAAACUGUUUUAAAGUCACCAUUUGGCCUCAUGGUGAAGUCCCUGAGCGGUUUGCUUCCUCUCCGGCAACCGAGUUAGGAAGGACGCCUGUAUCUUUGUAGUGAUACAUCAUAUAAAGUGUAAUUAAUAACCAUGCUCCAAGGGAUAUUCAGUGUCUGCUUAAAAAAUGUUUUACCCAUCUAACAAUAGGUCCUCUUCUUUGCGAGGCAUUGGAAUACCUUCCUGGUCAAUGGUUGAAUCCGUGUUUGAAAUUCACUGCUCGACUGAGGAACCUUACAAUUAUCUGUAUGUGUGGGGUACAGAGAUGAGGUAGUCAUUAAAAAAUCAUGUUAAACACUAUUAUUGCACACAUUGAGUCCAUGCAAUGUAUUAUGUAAGUUGUUCAGCAAAUUUCUACUCCUGAACUUAUUUUGUCUUGUCAUAACAAAGGGGUUGAAUACUUAUUCACUCAAGACAUUUCAGCUUUUCAUUUUUGAUUUGUAAAACAUUUCCUAAAACAUAAUUCCACUUUGGAAUGUUGUGUGUAGGCCAGUGACAAAAACAUCUAAAUUGAAACCAUUUUAAAUUCAGGCUGUAACACAACUAAAUGUGGAAAAAGUCAAGGGGUGUGAAUACUUUCUGAAAGCACUGUCAGACGUACUUCAUAAAAUGAUAUAAAAUGUCCAGGUUUUAAACAAUUAAGUUCAUGGUUAAAUAAUUUUCUAAAUGCUGACCGCCUCCGCUCAGAUUCAAUGUGGGUGAUGUGUGGUGCGCAACAGGCACUGUCCUUCACUCUCUGAUCUUGUGACCAUUUAGACGUUAAUGUUAAUUAUCCUUCAUUAUAUUUGUCAAACAUGACUGGCGUUUAGCCUAUAUUUAUGUAAUUAAAAAUCUCAUUAAAGUUUGGCUACAUUUUCUGGGCCUCCCUCAUGUCAGCAUCGGUUUGGACAUGAGGCUGUAGCCUGUAUGCAUAUCACCUACACUUUGACAUGGAGGCUUUUUUAUUUAUGUACAUGAAAAAUAGAUUUUGAAUAUUAUUCCAAUGUUUGCUUCUCUGAUCCAAUUUUUUGGCUUCUCUGAUCUAAUAAUUGUUAGAUUGUUAUGAUUAUUUAAAGAAUGGUACUUGUCUAUUUGGACAACUGAAAUCUAUAUUAUUUAUUAGAUUGUCUGGAACUCUAUUGGAGGGAUGCGACUAGUGUUGCAUGGUAUACCGGUAACGCGGUAAUAUCACAAUACCAAAACGUCAUGAUACUUCCGAUACCAAUCUUUUUUUGGUACCGUUUCAUAUGAUACUACCAUAUUUUUCAGAACCUGCUGGUGCCCGUUAUGAAAUGUUUUUAAAGGUGGUCCUCUGUAGCUCAGCUGGUAGAGCACGGCGGUUGUAACGCCAGGGUAGUGGGUUCGAUCCCCGGGACCACCCAUACACAAAAAUGUAUGCACACAUGACUGUAAGUCGCUUUGGAUAAAAGCGUCUGCUAAAUGGCAUAUUAUUAUUAUUAUAAAGACAGUUUAUAAAUUCUGUUGAAUUCAAGCAAUAGCCACUAGUCUCUUGUAUGGGCACGGCCAAUAAUAUCCACUUCACUUUCAUGUGCAUAUCACAUGUGGCAGCUGUAAUCAGCCAGCCACAUCCCGUACCAGCCCUCACUCACCUGUUUCUCUCCGUCGGCUCUUCAUGCGCAUAUAUUCCUCCAUCAGCUUUUCAAAUAUACAUGGGAAAAAAAUAUGAACGCAACCUCAAACAAUUUCAAAGAUUUUACUGAGUUACCGUUCAUAUAAAGAAAUCAGUCAAUUGAAAUAAUAAAUUCAUUAGUCCCUAAUUUAUGGAUUUCACAUGACUUCACAGAAUUCAGAUAUGCAUCUGUUGGUCACAGAUACCUUUAAAAAAAAAAGGUCAUUUUGCCUCAUGCAGCGCGCCACAUCUCCUUCGCAUAGAGUUGAUCAGGCUGUUUGAUUGUGGCCUGUGGAAUGUUGUCCCACUCCUCUUCAAUGGCUGUGUGAAGUUGCUGGAUAUUGGCGUGAACUGGAACACGCUGUCGUACACGUCGAUCCAGAGCAUCCCAAACAUGCUCAAUGGUGACAUGUAUGGUGAGUAUGCAGGCCAUGGAAGAACUGGGACAUUUUCAGCUUCCAGGAAUUGUGUACAGAUCUUGCGACAUGGGGCCGUGCAUUAUCAUGCUGAGAGGUGAUGGCAGCGGAUAAAUGGCACGACAAUGGUCCUCAUGAUCUCGUUACGGUAUUUCUGUGCAUUCAAAUUGCCAUCGAUAAAAUGCAAUUGUGUUCGUUGUCCAUAGCUUAUGCCUGCCCAUACCAUAACCCCACCGCCACCAUAGGGCACUCUGUUCACAACAUCCAUGAAGAGCACACUUCUCCAGCGUGAGAGUGGCCAUCGAAGGUGAGCAUUUGCCCACUGAAGUCGGUUACAACCCCGAACUGCAGUCAGUUCAAGAACCUUGUGAGGACGACGAGCACACAGAUGAGCUUCCCUGAGACAGUUUCUGGCAGUUUGUGCAGAAAAUCUUUUUGUGAAGACCCACAGUUUCAUCAGCUGUCCGGAUGGCUGGUCUCAGACGAUUCCUCAGAUGAAGAAGCCAGAUGUGUAUGUCCUGGCAUGGCGUGGUUACACGUAGUCUGCGGUUGUGAGGCCGGUUGGACUUACUGCCAAAUUCUCUAAAAAGAUUUUUGGAGGUGGCUUAUGGUAGAGAAAUGAACAUUCAAUUCUCUGUCAACAGCUGUGGUGGACAUUCCUGCAGUCAGCAUGCCAAUUGCACGCUCCCUGAACUUGAGACAUUUGUGGCAUUGUGUUGUGACAUUUUCGAGUGGCCUUUUAUUGUCCCCAGCACAAGGUACACGUGUAAUGAUCAUGCAGUUUAAUCAGCUUCUUGAUAUGUCAGGUGGAUGGAUUAUCUUGGCAAAGGAGAAAUUCUCACUAACAGGGAUGUAAACAAAUGUAUGCACAACAUUUGAAAGAAAUUAAGCUUUUUAUGCUUAUGAACAAUUUCUGGGAUCUUUUAUUUUAGCUCAUGAAACAUGGGACCAACACUUUACAUGUUGCGUUUUAUAUUUUUGUUCAGUUUAAUUUAGCCGUGAUGGCGAGCGGGAUGCAGACCCAGAUGAGUGUUCGGUUGUUAGAUUUGUACAUUUGUUACAUUGGAGCAGCGCGCUCAGUGAGCAAUGUUGAUAUAUUUUAUAAUUUCAUCACCUGUUAUAACCAAGAGCAAAGGUCAGUCUGAUUAGACUUUGCAAGAUCACCUUCAUGCAGCCUCUGAAUGCCAGAGGAAAAAUGGACAGGCAUGCUUGCAGCUUUACAGCAAAGAAAACUAGCCUAAAUGGUAAAAAAUAAUAUGACCCAUAUUACCAGAGAUGCCUUUUUUUUCUAUCGGGAUUCGCGCACAUUUUAUAUAAUUUCACAAACCAUGUCGUGGGCCGUUUCUAAACUAAUCCCUGGUCGCUAAUUAUUGGUUUGAUAACAAACGACGUUGUUCAGUCAUGUUACCUAGCUAGCUAACAACCUGGUAACUUGACUGUAGGUUUCGGAAAAUUUGAUUGGCACAGGAAGAAAGGAAAAGGGUCUGCUACUCAUGAGAUGUGCUUCAAAGGUAGGAUUCAUAUAGGUCUAAACUAUAUUACAAAUCAAUUUCUUUCUGGUGCUCCUAUAAAUUCUGUUUGGUGCGUAAUGUAAAUGUAAAAGUUGGGAGCAGUGUGUGUUUGUGGGAGAGAGAGAGUGGUGAGUUUAUGAGAGCAAGGGAGAUGAUGUGUGAGGGAGGGUGUGUGUGUCUGUUUUCCCCUUAGUGCCACAAUGACAUGCAGGUCAUUAUGUAUGUGUAUUAAUAUAUUCCUUCCUCCCAUUCCUCCAGCCAAAUCCCAGGUACGCCUUUGCAAAUAUGAGCAAUCAGCUCUAUGCAGUAUUCUAUUAUACACUGAACAGUGUGAAGUUAAAUUCAAUGUUGUAUUGAGUAGAAGAGUGACUUUCAGUGAGACUUUCAUUUUGUGUAGUACAUAUGCAUGAUGGGGGGAUGGGGCGAGCAGGACGCUAGGCCACUGAUAUAUAUAUAUUUUUUACCCCAUGGUACCGUGAUACUUGGCCUGGUAUCGUAUCGUUAGUAAAGUGUUGGUAUCGUGACAACACUAGAUGCAACACCAUUCUUCCAUGAGAAAUUCCAUCAUUUGGUGUUUUGUUGAUGGUGGUGGAGAACGCUGAGACGGCCAUGGCAUAUGGUUUACAUUAUUUUCAUGCUCAUCAACCCAUUCAGUAACCACUCCUGCCUUGUGGAUGGGGGCAUUGUCUUCCUAAAAUAAUAAUAUUGCGCGAAAUUAAUGGCCUGCCCAGCAUUUGUAUACAUGAGCCUAAACAUGAUGGGAUGUUAAUUGUUUAAUUAACUGAGGAACUACACCUGUGUGGAUGCACCUGCUUUCAAUAUACUUUGUAUCCCUCAUUUUCCCUCGUGUUUCCAUUAUUUUGGCAGUUAGCUGUAUCUAAUGGGUUGUUCAUAAUUGAUGGCUAAGAUGAUUCCUAUAUUUCCAAAGGCUGAGAAUGAACCAGAGCCAAAGGAAGAAGUGAAGGAGGAGGAAGACGAGGAUGAAGAGGAAGACGAUGAUGGAGAGUCUGGCCGGUUGCGGUUCAAAACGGAGCGUAAGGAUGUCACGUCUGGUGUUGUGCGUCUGGCGGAUGCAGCAACCAAAAGAAGAAACAUUCCUGAAACAUUAGGUACAUUUUAUUAUUUUUAUGCAGUGUUAUAUAAACUGUAAUAGAUUUUGUGCUUUGUUUGGUUGCGUUGCUUAUGGUUGAAGGGCAUUUCAAGUUUAACUCAUGCACCUACACAAUUUGGAUCAAAAGAAAAUGCUCAAGUGCAGUUUGAGCAAGUCUUACUGAAUGGGUUGUAUUUGAAUGUUCUAAUGUUCACCUCGUGGUGAUUGUGUUUUGCCCACCAGAGCUGUCUGAAGAGGCCAAAGCAGACCUGAUGGAGUUUGAGGAGAAGGAGCGCCAGAGGAAGCAGGGCCGCUUUGGGGGCCGAGGAGGAAGAGGAGGAGGAGAUAGAGGAGGAUUCAGAGGUCGAGGAUUAAGAGGGAGGUUCCCCGGAUUUGGGAUGGGAGACUUCGGUGGAGGAAGAGGACGAAUGAAUGACCUGAGGCUCCCAAUGGUGCCUCUACAUAUGGGCAUGCAGGUAAAUUAA